AUGUCUUAUCUGUCGGCGAAUUGCAGUACGGGGAAAUUCGUUGUAGAUGAUUGCGGAGUCGGAAAGUUCUGUUGCAUCGAAGGCUGUUGCAUCGACUUCACUUAUAUCAUAAUUUUAUUAAUAGUGAUUUCAAUGAUUGCCACAGUAGCCAUAUUCAUCCAUGUUGAAGUUACGAAGGAGAGAAAAUUCAACGAGAAGCUAAAAAAACAUCUUGAAAGUUUGAAAGAGACAGGAUCCACGACAGAAUUUGAAGAAACUCGAAUCUACCUCGGAGCGUCGCCAAUCGAAGCUUGUCCAUUCAAUCUGCCUCCUACUUGUAGUCCACCGAUGACAGUUCCAAAAUUGAAGUUCCAUAGGAAUCGUCCCCUCCGCCAAUUCUUACACAAACACAUGUAA